AUGUUAUUACCACUCCUCCUUAUCUGUUUCACACUCACUCAAGCAGACGAACAGACAAAACACGUCCAGACGAUGUUAAUAGUAUUGGGAUACUCCUGUGGUUCCAAUGGCGCUGACGGCCAGAUGGGUCCAAGCACCAAGGCGGCGAUCAAACAAUUCCAAAGUGAUUAUGGACUUGCUGUUGAUGGUAUAGCUGGCCCCCAGACCAUUGCCAAAUUAGAGCAGUUGACCAAUUAUUCUGCACAGACCCAAUAUGUUCAAACGAUGUUAAUUCAAUUGGGGUAUUCCUGUGGAUCUUCUGGUGCUGAUGGUUUCAAUGGUCCAAGCACAGUUGCUGCAAUCACACAAUUCCAGAAAGACUACGGCUUGAAAGUCGAUGGCGAUGCUGGUCCCGAGACUAUCGCCAAACUAGAACAACUCACAAACCCAUCUUCUGGCUAUUCAGAGGAGACUAAACACAUCCAAACGAUGUUGAUCUUAUUAGGCUUUUCGUGUGGAUCUUCUGGUGCUGAUGGGUAUAUGGGCCCAAGCACAGUCCAAGCCAUCACACAAUUCCAAAUCAAAUACGGUUUAAAAGUCGAUGGAGAUGCCGGACCCGAGACAAUAGCAAAAUUAGAACAACUCACAAAUUACUCAGCACAGACAAAACACGUGCAAACGAUGUUAAUUCAAUUGGGAUACAACUGUGGACCAACAGGCGCUGAUGGGUUUGAUGGGACUCAGACAAUUGCGGCUAUUAAACAAUUCCAAAGUGAUUACGGACUCCAAGUGGACGGCAUUGCUGGCCCUCAGACCAUCGCCAAAUUGGAAGAAUUGACAAGUGGGAAACCAUCGAGUGGAAGUGGCUCCCCAGCUAUUCAACCAGUGGGAGGAAAUGUUAACUCAAACAACCAAAACAGUUCGCCGUACCCUCCAUGUCAGUCGCAGACAAGAUGUCACCAAGAAGUCUAUUAUAAUCAAUGCGACGGAAGAUGGAAGUACUCAAUGUACUCAGAUAGAGGAAAUACGGGCAACACUAUCUGCACGAGUGGAUGUGGACCUACAGCUAUGGCUAUGGUCGUUGCUACAUUCAAAGAUAGAUCAGUCACUCCAGUACAAAUGGCACAAUACUCUAUGGACCACGGAAUGAAAAACGACAACGAAGGAACCUACUGGGAAUUCUUCUGUUCAGUUGCAAGCAAAUAUGGAAUGAGGUGCGAACAGAGAAGUUGCUCGGAUAUGAAUUAUAUCAGAUCAAAAAUAGACGCAGGUGCUCUAGGAAUCGCGUCUAUGGCACCAGGUCAAUGGACUCAAGGAGGACACUUCAUUUCUAUCAACUCGUUCGACGGUGACAUGUUGUGGGCACACGAUCCAAAUUACAGAGAGGGAAAAAGCGUGUCACAGAAAAUUUCGACUUUUAAGAGCGAGUGCAAACAAUUCUGGAUUCUUCAGAAGUAA